CUUCGUGUCCCUCAUGGCUAGGAGUUAUCUGCAGGCCAACAGAGAAGACAACAUCGCUCCUCUCAUAGCUCCGUGGAAUGUUGCUGGAAUGUCAUCGAAAAGAACUUGAGGAAAAGAAAAAAACAAAACAAAACACCCGCAGACCACUGCGAAGGCGAGACCGGCGGGCCUGGAGAGGGAGGGCAGCUCCGGAACUCCACACCUCGGCUCUCCCCGACGUGACCGUGGGCAUCUUCCUGGGCUCCGGCCGGUCCCUCCUCAAGGAAAAUGGGACCAUUUCUGGGUCGCCUCCCAGCGGCGGCUGUGAGGAACAAGCAAGGCCGGGCGCAGAGUAGGGGCUCCAGGGAAGAUUUGAAAGAAGCCAACUCGAAGCCACAGACAUACAAGAAGGCCAUUUCCUUAAACAAGAGUUGCCCUUUAACGAAAUUACCAUGGUGGACACAGAGAUGCCGUUUUGGCCCACCAACUUCGGGAUCAGCUCCGUGGACCUUUCUGUGAUGGACGACCACUCCCACUCCUUUGACAUCAAGCCCUUCACCACCGUUGAUUUCUCCAGCAUUUCUGCUCCACACUAUGAAGACAUUCCGUUCCCAAGAGCUGACCCAAUGGUUGCGGAUUAUAAGUAUGACCUGAAACUCCAAGAGUACCAAAGUGCAAUCAAAGUGGAGCCUGCAUCCCCACCUUACUAUUCUGAAAAGACUCAGCUGUACAAUAAGCCUCACGAAGAGCCUUCCAACUCCCUCAUGGCAAUUGAAUGCCGUGUCUGCGGGGAUAAAGCUUCAGGGUUCCACUACGGAGUUCAUGCUUGUGAAGGAUGCAAGGGUUUCUUCCGGAGGACAAUCAGAUUGAAGCUUAUUUAUGAUAGGUGUGAUCUUAACUGUCGGAUCCACAAAAAAAGUAGAAAUAAAUGUCAGUACUGUCGUUUUCAGAAGUGCCUUGCUGUGGGGAUGUCUCAUAAUGCCAUCAGGUUUGGGCGGAUGCCACAGGCCGAGAAGGAGAAGCUGUUGGCGGAGAUCUCCAGUGAUAUCGACCAGCUGAACCCAGAGUCUGCUGAUCUCCGGGCCCUGGCAAAACAUUUGUAUGACUCGUACAUAAAGUCCUUCCCGCUGACGAAAGCAAAGGCGAGGGCGAUCUUGACAGGAAAGACAACAGACAAAUCACCAUUUGUUAUCUAUGACAUGAAUUCCCUAAUGAUGGGAGAAGAUAAAAUCAAGUUCAAGCACAUCACCCCCUUGCAGGAGCCAAGCAAAGAAGUGGCCAUCCGCAUCUUUCAGGGGUGUCAGUUCCGUUCCGUGGAGGCUGUGCAGGAGAUCACAGAGUAUGCCAAGAGUAUUCCUGGGUUUGUAAAUCUUGACUUGAAUGACCAAGUAACUCUCCUAAAAUACGGCGUCCAUGAGAUCAUUUACACGAUGCUGGCCUCCUUGAUGAAUAAAGAUGGGGUUCUCAUAUCCGAGGGCCAAGGAUUCAUGACGAGGGAGUUUUUAAAGAGCCUGCGAAAGCCCUUUGGUGACUUUAUGGAGCCCAAGUUCGAGUUUGCUGUGAAGUUCAAUGCACUGGAAUUAGAUGACAGCGACUUGGCAAUAUUUAUAGCUGUCAUUAUUCUCAGUGGAGACCGCCCCGGUUUGCUGAAUGUGAAACCCAUUGAGGACAUACAAGACAACUUGCUGCAAGCCUUGGAGCUGCAGCUCAAGCUGAACCACCCCGAGUCCUCUCAGCUCUUUGCCAAGUUGCUCCAGAAAAUGACAGACCUCAGACAGAUUGUGACAGAACACGUGCAGCUGUUGCAAGUAAUAAAGAAAACAGAGACGGACAUGAGUCUUCACCCGCUUCUACAGGAAAUAUACAAGGACUUGUAUUAGCAGAGAAGUCCGAGUUCACUGACAACAUUUUCCUUCUUCCAAUUGCACUAUUAUUUUGAGGGAAAAAUCUGACACCUAAAAUAUUACUGUGAAAAAGCAUUUGAAAAAGAAAAGGUUUUAGAAUAAUAGAUCUAUUUUAUGCAUAUUGUUUAUAAAGAUACAUUUACAAUUUACUUUUAAUAUUAAAAAUUAUUACAUCGUGAAA